AUGUCCUCCUCGACCGGCAGCGGCAGUGGCACGGCACCACCCACCACGACGAUACCGGGCUCUUCGGCGCCGUCGUCGUCGUCAUCGUCACCGCCUCCGUCUUCGGCCGAACUCCAAACCGCGCUCUCGUCGAUCACGACCCUGCUGGACCUGCUCAGCCAACCACCGAGCACGCUCAACGGCGACGCGAUCCCGUCGCUGUCCCACGUGGUCCCCUCUCUCCUCUCGCCGCUGGUGCCCUCGCGCAACACGGCGGCGACGACGCUGCCGGACGCGCUGGCGCUGCAGAUGGGCCUGCCGCCGCUCUCGCAGGCGGCGCAGAUGGAAAACGUCAAGCGGUACCGCGACGUCGUCGAGGCGUCGCUCACCACCCUCGAACGCAUGCAGCACGCCCUCCAGGACGGUGGGCAGGGCGACGAGGCGGUCAGGCUCGUGCAGAGGUGCAUGAAGAUGCAGGGCAAGGAGGGCGAGAAGCGCAGGGUCAUCAGUGUCAGGAAGAGGAGGAGGGCCGAGGAUGCCUCCAGGACUGCGGGUCUGGGGUGA